CUGCGAUUUGCGUUGCCCACCACCAACCUACCACCCCACCAAGUCUCCCACACCGCGCACACAAUGGCAGGCUCAAAUAUUAAAAAACGAAAGGCAGCAAUGACGGAGGAGAUAAUCGCCGACUCCGGUUCUGAAGACGAAUUCCAGACCGGACUUCUGAACGGCGGCGCGCUCGACAGCGACGACGACAGCGACGGGAACGAUUCCAGCUCCGAAGAGGAGGAUGACGAUGAGGUCGACGAAUUCCCUGAAGUCGGCAGUGACGAGGAGGAAAUUGAUAGUGACGAGAUCCCCUCUUCCGACGAGGAGGCGGACGAGAAAGAUGAGGAAGACGAGGAUGAGGACGAGGUAGAUGGGGAAGUCGACGAGAACGGCCGCAAGACAGUUCUAGAUUCGGCGGGGAAUCUGAGAUACAUAUACCCCGAAGUCGACACCGGAUACGCCUCGGAUGACUCCGACCGCGAGGAGUUGAAUACCAUUGGAAACAUCGAUCUGGCGCUGUAUGAGGAGUACCCGCAUGUGGGAUACGACAUUAACGGGAAGAAGAUCAUGCGCCCGGCGAAGGGUAAGGCGCUGGAUGCCCUGCUGGAUACGAUUGAUGUGCCGAAGGGCUGGACGGGAAUGCUGGACAAGAACACGGGUGGCGAUCUCAACCUUACCCGCGAGGAACUGGAGAUCCUGCGCAAGAUUCAGAUGGACGAGGUGCCUGUGGAUGGGUACAAUCCUUACGAGCCUACUAUAGAGUGGUUCACCUCAAAGACGGAGGUGAUGCCUUUGAGCGCCGCGCCAGAACCGAAGCGCCGGUUCGUCCCUUCGAAGCACGAGGCAAAGCGGAUAAUGAAGAUUGUGCGCGCCAUCCGCGAGGGCCGCAUAGUCCCCAACAAGCCGAAGGAUGAGAAGCCACAGUACUACGAUAUCUGGGCGAACGAGGUGCCGCGUGAAGACCAUAUCAUGCAUAUCCCCGCGCCGAAGCUACCCCCGCCGACGCACGACGAGUCUUACAAUCCGCCAGAGGAGUACUUGCCUACUGAGGAGGAGAAGAAGAAGUGGGAGGAGAAUGAUCCAGAGGACAGAGAAAAGGAUUACUUGCCCAGGAAACAUAAGGCCCUCCGGUUGGUGCCUGGCUACGACAGAUUCCUCAAUGAGCGCUUCGAAAGGUGUCUGGAUCUGUACUUGGCGCCUAGAGUACGGAGGAAUAAGCUGAAUAUCGAUCCCGAGAGCUUGCUGCCCAAGCUGCCCAGCCCACAAGAUCUGAGGCCUUUCCCGACGACCACUGCGACCAUCUACCGUGGACACGAAGGGAGAGUUAGAUCGUUGAAUGUGGAUCCUACGGGUAUCUGGUUAGCGACGGGUGGUGAAGACGGCACUGUUCGCGUUUGGGAGAUUCUGACUGGAAGGGAAGUAUGGAAGAUUAAGCUGGCUGAUGGAGAGGCCGUUAACUGCGUGAAGUGGAGACCAGUCAAGGAGUCUGCGAUUCUGGCGGCUGCUGCUGGCGAUGAUCUAUACCUUAUGGUACCACCAUUAUUCGAUCCUGAGAUGGAGAUGGAGAGCAGACGGAUACUGGAGCACGGUUACGGAACAGCGACGGGUGGUGAGAAGAAGGACCCUACAAAGAAGGAGCCACCAGGAAAGUGGUCGAAACCCGAGGGCAAGCUCGCGGAACAGGGUGUUGUGGUCGUAGUCACUGUCCGCAUCACGAUCAAGCACAUCGCAUGGCACAGACGUGGUGACUACCUUGCUACAACUUCUCCUGAAGGCCAAAACCGCGCUGUGGCCAUUCACCAGCUCACCCGCCACACCUCUCAGUCUCCCUUCCGCAAAUCGAAGGGUAUCAUCCAGCGGGUCGAGUUUCACCCGUUCCGCCCCAUCCUCUUUGUUGCAACUCAACGCUACGUCCGUUCCUACGACCUGGCUAAACAAGAGCUCAUAAAGACGCUGCAACCGGGAGCUCGCUGGAUCUCCUCGUUCGAUGUGCACUCCGGUGGUGACAACAUCAUCGUCGGAUCCUACGACAAGCGCCUUCUGUGGCACGACCUCGAACUGUCCACCAAGCCUUACCGGACUCUGCGAUACCACGAGAAGGCUAUCCGCGCCGUCAAGUACCACCAGGGCGGUCUGCCACUGUUCGUGUCUGCCUCCGACGACGGAACAAUCCAGGUGUUUCACGGAAAGGUGUUCUCGGACAUGAUGGAGAACCCGUUGAUUGUGCCGCUCAAGAUCCUCAGAGGACACAAGGUCUCGCAGGCGCUCGGCGUGCUCGAUGUCGACUGGCACCCCAGGGAGUGCUGGCUGUUCUCGGCCGGAGCGGAUGGGACGGCGAGAUUGUGGAAUUAGGUGGUUGCUCUGUAGCGUGGUGCUGUUGUAGUAUAGUCGCUUUAAAAGUUAUAUAUCGGAC